AUGGAUGAGCCUUCAACAUCUACUUCACAACUCCAAAUAGAAAAUAUUCAUAUGCUUUAUCUUGGGCAAAGCCUUCAGAAGAAGGGCUUUUUAGAAAAAGCUAUCAACUUGGUUAAGGAAACUGUUUCAAGAUUGUCAAAUGCAACUAUAGGAUCAUCCCUUAGGAAAUAUGUUGUUUGUAAUGAAAAAUUAGUCUACAACAUGAUAACCAUAUACAAAACUGUCAUUAGUGAAGCAUAUGAACCUAUUAAUAAUAUGCAUAUUGGUAAUCACCUUGCAAUUGCCAGGAUUAUGUUAGCUAUAUACAAAAAGAAUCUUUUAUUUUCACUAUCAGAAGAGGCAAUUGAUAUAAUCACUUGUUUCAAUCAUAUUAUAGCAAUGGAUUCUAAUAAAGAGAUGUUAAUGAUUAGUUUACUCAAGAAGACCAUAUUUCUUAUUUCAAUUACUUUUAUAGCUAGACUUAACGACUUAUGCCAUAUCUUCUUAAAAUUAAUGACCACUGUUCAAAAUAGAUUUUCAUUUAACAUUGUUGAACCUAAAGAGCAUAACAUAUCGAUCGUACAUGGUGACAAGAAACCAAGACAAAAGAUUUUAAUUGUAGAGUUUUAUAACAAAGAUCAGACAAUUUGCCCUGCUUCUGCAUUGACUGAGUUGCUCGAGCAAACUAAAAAUUGGAGAACUGUUGAAGCUAGAAAGGAUUUACUUUUUUUAUCAUCAACAAGCCCUUAUGCCUCAGCAUCUGUUGACGCAAUAUCAAAUUGGUUAAAAAACAUAUUAACAUUCACAGACCUCAUGGCAAAGGCAAAGGACAUCAGAGCAAUAUCUGCUUAUCUUGCACAAGAGGCUGGUACAAAUAUAAACUUAAUAGUUGCAUUUGAUAAUUGGUCUUCUAACGAGAUAUAUCACAAUAAAUUGUUGAUCUUCCCCGAUGGUGAUGUAACAAUCGAAGUCAAUAUCGAACAUGAAUUAGAAAGUGAGAAUCAAGAAUUUAAAGAUGUAUUCUAUUGCCGUAAUCCUGGUGAAAAUCCUGUUGUUGGUGAUGUUGAUGACCAUUAUGAAGUAAAUAGACAAACUAGAACCCUAAAAUGGCAAUUGCCAAUUAUUGAUGCGUCUAAUAAACAAGGGUCGCUUGAUUUCAAUAUUGUUGGUGAUGAUGUUAAUGUGUUCUUUCCUGUUGAGGUUCCCUUUAUAAGUGAAAAAUUGGUUUGUGACAUAGAG